AUGGAUAAAGAAACUGAAAAGAAGUGUGAAUGCAAUGGUGAACAUUGUGAAUGUAAAGAUGAACAUUGUGGAUGUGAAAGUGGACAUUGUGGAUGUAGUGAUGAACAUUGUGGGUGUGAAGGUGGACAUGAUGAAGAACCAAUGGAAGAAGAAGUCAAAGAAAGUUUUCCAAAGACAGUUGAAGUAGAAGGAACUGGAUAUGAGAAACCAACUGAUGAUUGUUUGUGCACAGUUGAUUAUACAAUGUUAGAUGGUGAUAGAGUUAUUGAAGAGAAAAAAGACUUUAAAUUUAAAGUUGGAGAUAUGCCAGUGAUUUGUGAAGGAUUUGAAAAAGGUAUUGAGUCAAUGAAAUUAAAUGAAAAGUGUACAUUUACUCUUAAACCAGAAGAUGCAUUUGGAAGUUGUGGAGAUAAAGAAAGAAGUAUUGAGCCAAAUAAAGAAAUUACAUUUAAAGUUACACUUAAAGGAAUGGAACCUGUUCCAACACCAUUUACAAUUGCACCAGAAAAUAUAGUUAAACAUGCAGAAGAAAAGAAGGCACAAGGAAAUGAAAUGGUCAAAAGAAAAUUACAAAAGAGAGCAUUAAGAUGUUAUUUAAGAGCACUUGAUUAUCUUGAUAAUGAUUAUAGAAUUCCUGAAGAUCAAAAAGAAGCAGCUAAGAAGAUUCAAACAAUAUUAUUUGGUAAUAUUUCAGCAAUGCAUCUUCAUUUUAAAGAAUAUGAUCAAGUCAUUGAAUAUACAGAUAAAGUUCUUGCUGUCGAUGCAGAAAACUUAAAGGCAUUAUUAAGAAGAGGAAAGGCUUAUUUAGAAAAAGGACAAGUAGAAAAAGCUGAAAGUGAUUUUAAUAAAGUUCUUUCUAUUGAUCCAAAUAAUAAAGAAGUUAAAUAUGAAAUGAAUGGAAUUAAAAGAAAGAGAAUGGAAGAGGAAAAGAAUGAUAAAAGAAGAUAUGCCAAAAUGUUUAGUGCAUUAGGUUCAUUAGGUGAAGUUGAUGAAGAACAAAAGAAAUUACAAGAAGCACAAGAGGAACAACGUAAGAAAGAAUGGGAAGAAAUCAAAAAGAAACAAGAGGAAGAAGAGAAAAAGAAAGAAGAGGCAAAGAAAAUGGAAGAAGAAAAACCAAAAGAAGAAGAGGUUAAGAAAGAAGAAAAUACUCCAAUGGAAGAAGAAAAACCAAAAGAAAAUUAA